CCCCGCCGGCAGUCGAACCCUACUUAUCGGAGGUAUGUCCAAUAUCACUGCUGCUGCACAUAUCAGCCAAACUAAACUUCUAAACCACUGUCAACAGCCAAUGGCGCAGGGAAAACAACCCUCCUCCGCCUCCUAGCAGGCAAACGUCUAGCUCCCACAGACACCAUCACCGUAGCAGGCAAAGACCCUUUCAAGGACGGCCUCGAAGGCGUAACCUACCUCGGCAUGGAAUGGGUUCUCAACAACAUCGUCCGCACCGACAUUGACGUCCCUACCCUCCUCGCCUCCGUCGGCGGCAAUGCAUACCCUGACCGUCGGGAUGAACUCGUCGACAUCCUCGACAUCGAUCUCAGCUGGCGCAUGCACGCCGUCUCGGACGGCGAACGUCGUCGCGUCCAGCUAGCUAUGGGCCUCCUCCGACCCUGGCAAGUCCUCCUACUAGAUGAGAUCACCGUCGAUCUGGACCUCCUCUCUCGCGCCAACUUCCUGGCCUUCCUUAAGCGUGAGACCGAGAUCAGACCCUGCACUAUCGUUUAUGCGACCCAUAUCUUGGAUAACUUGUCGCUGUGGCCUACUCACCUUGUCCAUAUGCAUUUGGGAAGCGUGCGUCAGUGGGGUCCCAUUGAGAAAUUCCGCGAGGAGGUCAAGGAGACUUCCGAGAAUAGUCAGCUUGGUGUGCUCGUACUCAAGUGGCUCAAGGAGGAUUUGCAAUCUAGGGGUCCGAGAAAUGGGUCUACUAGUCAGGCUAAGACUUACCCGACACUGGAAGGUUUGGGCGGGUAUGGCUUGGAAAAGCGACCUGCUGCGUGAUGACAUGCAAGUGCGCCUUUUCAUUUGUUUCAUCUGCUCUUCUUAUAUACUUUCUUUGGCAUCGUUCAACAUGAUUGGUUCAACAGCCACUAUCACUGCAUAUGCAUAGCAGGGGUUCGGAGCAUCAUUCAACUGUUUGUGUCUCUAGAUGGAUUUCUAGACUUGGGAGGGAGAUAUUCAACAUCUCAGGAGUCUGGGCUUUCAACAUGACGCAAAAUUUCAACCCAUGGUAUUAUAAUUUCUUUUCUUUCCUGCUCAUUUAGUUUUUGGUUCUGUACAUAUACGGCCUUUUUGGUUAUGAGACCAUGUCCGAAAAACUAUAUAUCCGAGUUGAAGUGUCCUCGCUUGCUA